GUCGAACACAUACAGCCUAAUUAUCGCAGGAGUAAGAGACAGAUUCGCCACUCCAAGUCAAACAACGAAUCUCAAACUUCAUACGUAGAAGACAGCGCGCGAGCACUGUCGUUAGAUACCCAUUUAACAUACUCUAUAGCAACUUCAACUUCCAAUUUGUCAAGUUAUCAAUUUACACAGCUAGUGAUCAAAUAUGCCUUCAUGCAGAGUGACCAACAACACUGCGCAUCCGCUCAACAUCAGUCUCAAGCAAGUCACUGCGCUUCACUUUGAGAAUGGCGUACAGCCUGGUCAGACCAUCAAAUUCAGGCCGGGAAAAGUCUGGUUCACUUUCGAAGCGUUGGUGGAUGAUGGAAGCAAGAAAUCUCGCUAUUCCGUUUUAAAAUCCGCAGCCACCAUUGCCGUCAUAUCAGUGGCUGUGGGAGCAGUAGCCGCUACUGCAGGCACUGCUCUUCUCCCAGAAGCAGUAGCCCUUGAGACGGCGGCAGCGGCGAGUGUGGCUGGUGGAGCUAUUGCUAAAGGGGUGACUGCCGCUAAAACGGCCUUGAUAGCUAACUCUGGGACUAUUGCACGUAUAUCUUCGGUAGCUUUGCCGAAAGCUAUCGAGAAGCUUUCUGCGGAAUCUGGAGGACUGACCGCACUGCAACGAGAAGUCGUUUCGAUCAUUGCCUCGCCAACCCUGUCGUCUGACGUCCGUCACAAAUCCGCUUCCCUUCUGCGUUCCCUCCACAAAUCCUAUACAGGGGACAAAGCUGCUCGUCAGGAAGCUUCCUCGGCAAACAAUCCCGAUGCUGGUCAGCCGUCAGCCACUCUGACACCCAUUUCGGACGAUGAAGCCGAAAAACUAGAGAGGGAUGUUGAAAGUGGUGAAGUGGACGAUCGAGUGGAAAACACGGCUGUGAGAACAGGUGAAGUACUGAGAGUACACGGCAUCUAUAUGAAACAACACAGGGAGUUUGAGAUCAGGGUUGGAGAGGAAGGAAAGCUGGCCUUGUAUGAUGUUGAUCAGAAAAAGUUUAUCAUGUAGAGGCACACGUCACUUGAACCGCACUGUCUAGUGACGAAGGCAUCUUCAGUCUCGUUCGUUGUAUGUAGUAGCUUCUAAUUCUUUUUACCUAAAAUUGCCAGUUUUAUAUUGAUGCUCCUCUUUUCUGCCGCUGUUGUGGCCCGUACCACAUCGUAGCGUAUCGUAUCUUAUCCAUGUAACACAACUGUAGUUCUGCAGUAGUACAUUAAUAAGAGUAAUUAGAUGGAAGUCAAGGCAGUAGUAAAUGUUCCAGGCAUA